AAGAAAUACUUGAAAAUGAUAAUGAUUUUAUAGAAUAUUUUUUAGAUAAUUCUGAAACAGAAACAGAAGAAUUAAAUGAUUCGAUGAAGAAAGCUCUUAAAUUGCUUGAGCUUAAAGCACAAAAAAGAAUUUUAACAAAUCAAAUGUAUCAAGAAAUAUUAAAAAUUUUUAAUUGUGAAAAUAUAACAUUAUAUUCAGCAAAAAAAUUUUUAUCAAAUAUGGUUACUUUGACAGCAACAUUUGUUAAUAUGUGUGUAGAUUCAUGUUGCAUAUUUAUUAGACCAUAUGAAUAG